GUCUUCAUCCAACAUGGAGCAGCUCUCCCCGGCCGCCUUGCUGCUGCCUCUGUCUCACGUGUGCUUCCUCUGGAGCUUCCUGGACGGGGCUCGCGCUCCGGAGGCUGCGGGCGCCGACGCGCUCCGACGCGGGUUGAGCUGGCGGCACAACGGGCAGGUCUUCAGCCUGCUGAGCCGCGGCUCUCAGUACCGGCCGUCCGGCAGCAGGCGGACCGGGUCCCCCAGCCUCGGUAACCCGGUGGUCGUCCUCAGCAGCGCCAACGACACGGUCCCGGUCGCGUCCCGGGGCUCCCCGCGGGUCCCCGCCGCCAGCGACACUGCGCAAUUGCGCGCGGCGAUGCGUCGGCAGCCGGCGCCCGGCGGCCGGGGGGCCUCUGGCCCCGUCAGCCGGGGGGCCUCUGGCCCGGUCAGCCGGGGGGCCUCUGGCCCCGUCAGCCGGGGGGACAUGAUGGUCGGAGACGACCCGUACAACCCGUACAAGGCGUCCAACUAUUACCCCUGGUACAACUACUACAACUCGUACUACAGACCCAGGACCAGGGCUCAGCCGCGGCACGGGUACGGAACCAGCUACCACCAGCACGGUCUCCCUGAUCUGGUUCCUGAUGCGUACUACAUCCAGAUCGCCACCUACAUCCAAAGGAUGCCGAUGUACAGCCUCCGCUGUGCUGCUGAGGAGAACUGCCUCUCCUCCUCCUCCUCCUCCUCCCAGGACUAUGACAGCAGGGUUCUGCUGCGGUUCCCCCAGCGGGUGAAGAACCAGGGAACAGCUGACUUCCUGUCCAGUAAACCUCGCUAUGCCUGGGAGUGGCACAGCUGCCACCAUCACUUCCACAGCAUGGACGAGUUCAGCCUGUACGAGCUGCUGGACGCCGACACGCAGAAACGAGUCGCUGAAGGUCACAAGGCCAGUUUCUGUCUGGAGGACACGUCAUGUGACCCGGGGUACCAGAGACGCUACGCAUGCACCUCCCACACACAGGGCCUCAGUCCAGGUUGCUAUGACACCUACAGCGCUGACAUCGACUGUCAGUGGAUCGACAUCACUGACGUCUCUCCUGGGAAAUACAUCCUGAAGGUGACGGUGAACCCCCACCACCUGGUCCCAGAGUCCAACUACAGCAACAACGUGGCCCGGUGCGACGUCCAGUACACCGGCACCGCCGCCCACGUGUCCGGCUGCUCCACCGCGCCCCACUGAGAUGAAUCCUGCUGGAAAGACCAACAGAAACGGAGUGAAUGCUGCAGAAGAAUGAAGCUUAAAGUUACACAAAGGAUGUAAAACACCUGAAGACGAUUGUUUUAGUCAAAGUACAUUUACUGACUCAAAUUACACACAGGUAUUAAUGUCUGAGUUCAAGAACCAGUAAAUGUUGCACCAGUUAUUUGUAAAUCCGUCACCACGUUUGUCUGUAAAGUUCAACUUAAAAACUUAACAAGGAACUUCUCUGUAUUUGGACCCUUUUGCUCCAUGUUUUCGUGUCUCGGGACUAAUGGGGACAACAAUGUCAAAAAUUAGUCCGAUAGAGAGCCCUACAGUCGACGCUCUGCAGGGGUUAAUGACCCACUGUAGGGGUUAAUGACUCACUGUAGGGGUUAAUGACUCUC